AUGGAUCACCGCUCAUUCGAAAGUAUGCAGCAGGCGCUUGGCUCCAUGCUGCGAACGCGUGCCUCUUCUCAACCUCAACCUCGACCUCAGCCAACACAAGUUCCCGAAAACCCUCCCUACCCCGAGCCCUUCCGAUCGCUGCACAAAUGCCGAAAAUCGGACCUACCGAAGCUAUAUGUCCAAAACAAGAACCAGCUCACACGCCGCAUGGCUAGCGCACUAGGUGUCUCAUUCCACUCACGGGAAGGCAACGCCAGCGGAGCCAACAAGCUCAGAUGCGGCUCCGCGCCCGCCGGCCUCGAGGAACACAACAUAGUGCAGCUCACGGAGUACACGGAUGACUACGUCGAGAGCGCCGUCUGGACCGCGAAAGCCUUCUUCGCAGACAAGUCCAAGUCCGGCUGCUCGCGCCCCUUCACCUGGGCCGUGGGGCCGGUGCGCCAGCCCGCGCUCGAGGCGGCGCUGCGCAUCCAGGGCCUCGUCUCCGUCCCCGGCCGCGAGGAGCGCGUGCUCGUGCUGGACCUGGAGAGACACUUCUGGGUCUUGGGCCCAUGCGUCCGCGUGUCUCCGCUGCCGGUGCUGGAGCCACAUGUCUACACGGACCGACUCGGCGACGAGAUCACGGUCGCGCGUGUUGGUGGUAGCAGUAGCAACGUCGCGGACCUCGAGGCGUGGACAACGGCGCACCGUGAGCACGACAUACACAUCGCCCCCGGCUCCAAUCACGCCCACGACAAAGCCGAAGAAAUCCCCAUCUGGGCCGCGCACCUCGUCGCGCUGCCGAUAGAUCGGGCCGUCCUCGUCGCCGUCACCGCGCGCCACGCCUCCAAGCCCGGCGCCGACAUGACCAUAGCGACCGCGAUCCUGCACAUGUCUUACGGCGUCGCCACCCUCUCGGCGCUGAACAUCCACCCGGACUACCGCGGCGACAGCCAGAACCACCACAACAGCAAGAACACGCACGGGAAUACCGACGAUGACGACGACGGCGAUGACGACGGUAUCCUGGGCCAAAUCGUCGAAUUCGCGCUGCGACACGCCUAUUUCUGCGGCUACAAGAUCGCCAUGGUAACCACGCCGAAGCCGAAGCCGACAACGAGCAAGGGGGUGUCUUCGGCAGACUCCUCCCUACCGCGGGCGCUGCAGAGAGCCCAGGACCUCGGGGUCAUGAGGACGUUUGCGUGGACUCCGCCAACGGCGGCUUUCCGGACCCCGCCGGCUGCGUGUACCCGGCUGGCACAGGGGGACGUCGAGGGCUGGGUGGUGGUGGAAGAGGACGAAGAGAAUGAUGUGGUAAUGGUGAUCAGAAAGAACGGACAGGCGGUUGCUGAGCUGCUCUUGCGGGCUGAGACGGAGGGCGGAUCCGAAUCGCAAGCAGCAGGGGAGCCGGACGGCGGACUGGAUGAUUGGGAAGUGGUCGAUGGGCUGUUCUGA